UCGGUCGAAAAGUAGGCUAGGGAUUCCAGUAAAACAAAAAAUCAAAGUGUUGUCCUUAGCCUAUGAUUAUUAAUUACUAUUUAUUUUGCUUCCAGUAUCACGGGGCCUCUGAAGAGAAGUUCAUGUAUGCAGUGUACAAUGACGAACCACCGAAUUCGAAAAAGACUUACAGUAAUUAUGGUCACACAGAAGGCAUGCAACUGAUGUACAACCACCCGGUAAUUUACGACAAAAGCAUGCCAGCAACAUUUGCUGAUAAGUACCCUAAGAUGGCUGCUGCUUUAGAUAAUGCUACCGUACAAGGCAAGAGCGAAACAACGUUAUAUUCGUGGGAGAACGUGCAAUUUCAGUCAUUUGCUAAGUCCGGCAAAUGGGGUCACGAUCUGUACGCGGACCUGCUUGCAUCUGAGUUUCGGGACUCUAUGUAUGUAGAAACCUGGCAGAGAAGGGAAAGCAAGAUGUGUUCGAACUGUACUGGAACGUUCAAGGAAUCUCAAACGAAACGAGGCGGUGGAGCUGUCUGUUUCCAGAACAAGCAGGUUUGGUCAAGUUUUAACGAUUCCAUUUAAAAGGAUGGAAGUCUGAAAAGAUCAUUGAACAUGUUCAUUCAUUAAGAGCGUCGUUUUGUAACUUUUUGAUUAUUCGUUUGUAAUAGUGUAAAUGGAGGUUAUUUGUUUAGAUUUUAAUGUACGUAUAUUAUAUUGUUGUAAAAGGGAACACACCAAUUGACUGCCGUGAUAUGACUGUUGAAAACGGCGACCAUAU